AUGGCCUUGGUCUAUCGACCAAUGAUGCAAUUAAGUGGCAUACUGUUAUCUCUGUUGGGAUGGGUCCUAUCCUGUCUCACUACCUAUUUACCCCAGUGGAAAAAUCUUAACUUGGAACUGAAUGAACUGGAGAUUUGGACCAUGGGACUCUGGCAAGCUUGUGUUGUCCAGGAAGAAGGGGGAAUGCAGUGCAAGGACUUCGAUUCUUUUCUAGCUUUGCCUCCAGAGCUCAGGAUUUCUAGGAUUUUGAUGUGUUUUUCCAACGGAUCGGGGUUUUUGGGCCUCUUGCUCUCAGGAUUUGGGUUGGACUGUUUGAAAAUUGGUGAAAGACAACAGGAACAAAAGAAACGGCUGUUGCUGUUUGGAGGAAUGCUCUUCUGGAUAUCGGGGAUUACAGCUAUUGUCCCAGUUUCUUGGGUUGCCCAUUCCACAGUCCAAGAAUUUUGGGAUGAGAAUAUACCAGAUAUUGUUCCCAGGUGGGACUUUGGGGAAGCGUUAUUUGUUGGCUGGCUUGCUGGAUUUUGCCUGAUAUUAGGAGGAUCUCUACUUAAUUGCACAAUCUGUUCAACUGAAGUCCAUCCAUCUUCAGUCCAUUACGCAGUAGCUGAACAGCAAGAUCAGUGUCAACACUUGGAAACUGAAACUAGGCCUUAA